AUGGAUGCUCGCCUCGAUCCUGCGCGCGCGCUCGGCCUUGAAGAAGGCGACGCCCAUGUCAUCCGCAAUGCUGGCGGGAGAGUAUCCGAUGCGCUGCGCAGUGUCAUUAUCUCACAGCAGUUGCUCGGUACGCGGGAGAUUAUCAUCGUGCACCAUACGAACUGUGGAAUGCUCACUUUCACUGAUGAGGUGAUUCGCGAUAAGGUCCGGAAGGACUUGCAGCAGAAUGUUGAUCAUAUUGCGUUCUUGCCAUUUGGGGAUCUUGAGCAGAGUGUUCGGGACGAUAUUAAGUUGUUGAAGGAUAGUCCUCUUGUCUUGGAUGUCCCUAUUACUGGGUAUGUUUAUGAGGUCGAGAGCGGGAAGAUUGUGAAGAUUGGAGACAGUCAGUAA